GAAGUCCCUUGGGGUUCAACAGUAGUCAGACUCACCUCACAACUACAGAGGAAGACUUUUUUACAUUCACCUUUUAUCUAGAUUUAUGAAAAAUAAGAAUGUAUUUGUGCUUACAUUGGAAUAAUGGUGGGACUCUCUUCUUCAUCUGCUAAUGCGAUGGAUGUCCUGGUGACGGAGCUCAACGUUCUGCUGAAGCUGCUGGACAACGAGACUCUGAGCUUUCCUACUGAGGAGAAGAAGACCUCUGUUAGGAACCUGCUGAAACAACUACAGCCCACAGUGACAGGACCAGACUACUUGUCCAUGAACACGUCAGUCUACAGACACGGCACCAGCUUUGUGGAAUCCCUCUUCGAGACCUUUGACUGUGACCUGGGGGAGCUGAAAGACAUGACAGAGGACAAGAAAGAGAAGCAGGACACACACACAGAGACUCCCCCCCGCUCCUCAGAGACCCCUCCGCCCCUGCCCACCACCCCCCCUCCUGAGGCUUACUAUGAAGAGGCAGUACCUCUCAGCCCUGGCAAGCAGCCAGAGUACAUCACCACACGUGGGAGCUCCAGCCCUCCUAACUCCAUAGAGGAUGGUUACUAUGAGGAUGCAGACAUCAACUCUCCUUCUACCUGCAUCAACGGACGACAACGCAAAAACUCCUACAAUGACUCUGAUGCUCUGAGUAGUUCCUAUGAGUCGUAUGAGGAGGAUGAAGAGGAAAGGGGAGCAGGACCAGGGUCCAGGCUGACCCACCACUGGCCUAGUGAUGAGAGCUCCAUGCUCCCUGUCAGAGACUGUAGGAUAUGUGCCUUCCUGCCGAAGAAACGCUUCGGACAGUGGGCCAAGCAACUGACUGUCAUACGGGACAACAGGCUACAGUGCUAUAAGAGCUCUAAGGACGUGUCCCCGUAUGUUGACCUGCCCCUGACCCUUUGCACUGUUGUCUACGCCCCUAAAGAGGGACGCAGGAAGAGACAUGAGCUGAGGUUCUCUCCACCCAGUGGAGAGGCUCUGGUCCUGGCUGUGCAGAGCCGGGAGCAGGCACACAGGUGGCUCAGGGUGGUCCGUAAAGUGAGUCAGGGAAAAGGACCAGAAGAGUCCACUUCUCCCAUGAUGCCCAGAAAGACUGAGCUGGACAAGAGGCUGUCUGGUGAAAAAACUAUGUUCAGACAGUGUUCUCUCACAAUCUCACACUUUUCUCUCUCUCCCUCUCUCUCUCUCAGGUGGGCCACAUCUUCUAGUAGCACUUCUACUGACUCCAGGACAUACGACGAGGUUCCCUAUGAGGGAGUGCAGCCUGGCGAGGAUGGGGGACCGAAGCAGAGGUCCAGUUUCACCAGUAGUGACUCCGGUAGGACCAAACCUGGUCUGGCCCUGAAACGCACGGGCUCCAACGCCAAUCAGUAUGGCCUCUAUGGAAAAACACGAGCAGAGGAGGACGCUAAACUAUUCCUGAGAGAGAAAGAACACCUGGAGAGAGAGAGGGAUGGGAUACGGACCACUCUGCUGACACUGAGACAAGAGAGGAGAGAGGUGAAGGAGAGAUUUAAGACUGCUACAGAGGAGCAGAAGGGCACCUUGAGUGAGCGUGUGUCCCAGCUAGAGGAGACGUGCCGGGGGAAGGAGAGUGAGAGGGUGGACCUGGAGCUCCGGCUCACCCAGGUUAAAGACAACCUGAAGAAGAGUCUAGCAGGAGGGGCUCUGGGUGCACCUGGGGAGAGCAAACCCUCCAGCAAGGUGUAUAGCAGGCCCUACUACUCUGAGUCUAUACCAGUCAGCUGUGUCUCUGCGGCCCGUGUGAAACAUCCUGUCUACUCAACAUCUAAAAGAACAGUCAUGCAGAAAGCCAAGGAAUGGGAGUCAAAGAAAUGCACCUAAGGCAUAACGAUGUUAAGGAAAGAUUGGAGAUGAUUGGAAGAAUAUCAGAGGGAGGAUGUGUCUUUCAGAUUGUUGUAGAGAUUUGGACGAAAUUGAAUAUUUGAGCCAGUGUACAGAAAGGAUAUUAAAUUAUACCUUAAUAAAUGACAAAGGGACAACGAGAGAUUUAAGGUGAGAAUGUUCCAUAGAACUGGAAUGGAAGACAAUGGAGAUGGAAGAAAAACACAGUGAUUUACUGUAUGUGAUGUGCUUUAAAGGGAUACUUCCAGAUUUUGUAAAUUAAGACUUUUCCUAGCUCCAUGUCACUGGAACUUCUUCUGUAGACUUCCAGUCAGUGCAUUUAAGCCGCAAAAAUGUCUCCAGAACCGCCCUUCAACUUUCUUCAAACUACACACAGAGACAUACAAUUGGUAUCCAUGAGUUCAUCUGACUCUGGGUAAGUAGAAAAAAGGGCUUAAUUGCCAAAAUCCGAAACUAUCCCUUUAACAUUGUUUUCCCCCUUUGCCUUAUCACCUCUAUCUGUCCAGACAGAAGCAUCACCUCUAUCUGUCCAGACAGAAGCAUCACCUCUAUCUGUCCAGACAGAAGCAUCACCUCUAUCUGUCCAGACAGAAGCAUCACCUCUAUCUGUACAGACAGAAGCAUCACCUCUAUCUGUCCAGACAGAAGCAUCACCUCUAUCUGUACAGACAGAAGCAUCACCUCUAUCUGUCCAGACAGAAGCAUCACCUCUAUCUGUACAGACAGAAGCAUCACCUCUAUCUGUACAGACAGAAGCAUCACCUCUAUCUGUCCAGACAGAAGCAUCACCUCUAUCUGUACAGACAGAAGCAUCACCUCUAUCUGUACAGACAGAAGCAUCACCUCUAUCUGUCCAGACAGAAGCAUCACCUCUAUCUGUCCAGACAGAAGCAUCACCUCUAUCUGUACAGACAGAAGCAUCACCUCUAUCUGUCCAGACAGAAGCAUCACCUCUAUCUGUACAGACAGAAGCAUCACCUCUAUCUGUACAGACAGAAGCAUCACCUCUAUCUGUCCAGACAGAAGCAUCACCUCUAUCUGUACAGACAGAAGCAUCACCUCUAUCUGUACAGACAGAAGCAUCACCUCUAUCUGUCCAGACAGAAGCAUCACCUCUAUCUGUCCAGACAGAAGCAUCACCUCUAUCUGUACAGACAGAAGCAUCACCUCUAUCUGUCCAGACAGAAGCAUCACCUCUAUCUGUACAGACAGAAGCAUCACCUCUAUCUGUACAGACAGAAACCAUACCUACUGUUUUGUCUAUAGGAUGAUUUUUACACUGCACAAUGUUCAUUUUACCCUCAAAUUGAGAUGUACUUUAUACACAGUAUGAUGACAAAUAAAAUUGUGAUAAUAAUAAAUAUUAUCUGAACGAUGUA